CUUGCAGCUCUACAUGAGUUCCCAACAGACCUGUUCACAAACAAAGAGAGAGCAGAAGGAGCUGUGGCCUUGCAUGUCUUGUGUACUAUUUACAUGUUCUGUGCACUAGCUCUGGUAUGUGAUGACUACUUUGUUCCCUCCCUGGAGAAGAUAUGCGAGCAUCUUCAUCUGAGUGAAGACGUGGCUGGUGCAACCUUCAUGGCUGCGGGCAGUUCAGCUCCUGAGCUCUUCACGUCCAUUAUAGGGGUGUUUGUUACUAAAGGUGAUGUGGGUGUUGGGACCAUUGUUGGUUCAGCGGUCUUUAACAUUCUUUGCAUCAUCGGCGUGUGUGGCUUCUUUGCAGGACAGGCUGUGAAGCUCUCUCACUGGGCUCUCCUUCGGGACUCUGUUUACUAUACCUUUUCAAUCGCCGCCCUUAUUGCGUUCAUCUACGAUGAGAAAGUGUGCUGGUGGGAGUCUCUUGUCCUACUUUUGAUGUAUGCAAUCUACAUCCUCAUUAUGAAGUUUAACAAUAGAGUCCAGAGUUACCUCAACCGUCGUAAGAAAAACUCAGUGAAUCUGGUCAAUGGUUUGACAGGAAGCACUGAUCUGGAUGAUGAUACUUGCGACGCUACAUCAGUCCUGCUUAAGAAAGUUAACUUCCAAAAUAAGCCGUCUGUAUUGAUGGUGGAUGAGCUUCUUUCUGCAUAUCCACACCAAUUGACUUUCUCUGAAGCUGGGAUGAGGAUUAUGAUUACCAGUCAUUUCUCCCCAAGAACCCGCCUAACAAUGGCAUCUCGAUUGCUUAUCAAUGAGAGACAAAGAGUGAUCAACACCACUGAGACUAGAGUCAACUACAUCACCAAUGGAGACUCUGAUUCGGCAGCCAGGGCCCAGGGAAGGCAGAGCAUAGAGAAUGGUGGUGCAGAGCAGGGCCUGAACGGGAGAUACACAUCCGAGCAACUGGAUUCUGGGAUAGAGAAUGAAAACGAGGAUAACGAGAAUAAUGAGAAUGAUGGGGAACGAGAUGGAGAAGAUGGCAACGAAGGCCCCUUGGUACCUUUCAAAGCUCCAGGUGAUGUUUUGGAACGACUAAAGUGGUUAACCAUGUGGCCGUUGUCGUUGCUUUUUUUCUUCACCGUGCCCAACUGCGGCAAGAGGCGCUGGGAGAAGUGGUUUAUGGUCACCUUCUUAACUGCAACAAUAUGGAUCGCUGGCCUGUCCUACAUUAUGGUCUGGAUGGUUACUGUGAUUGGCUUCACUCUCGGCAUCCCUGAUGUUAUCAUGGGCAUCACCUUUCUGGCAGCAGGCACCAGUGUUCCAGACUGCAUGGCCAGUGUUAUAGUUGCUAGGCAAGGUCUGGGAGAUAUGGCCAUCUCCAACUCCAUUGGCAGUAAUGUGUUUGACAUCCUGGUGGGCCUGGGCCUGCCGUGGGCAGUGCAAACACUCUGCAUAGACUACGGCUCCAAUGUUCAUCUUAACAGCAGGGGACUCAUAUUCUCAGUUGGACUCUUACUGGCCUCAGUCUUCUUCACUGUUGCGGGGGUCCAUCUGAACAAAUGGACUUUGGACUGGAAAUUGGGAUUGGCCUGCCUCGUCAUGUACGCUAUCUUUCUCUGUUUUUCUAUCCUCAUUGAGUUCAACGUCUUCAUCUUCGUCAACCUCCCCAUGUGCCGAGACAUCCACUGA